UCAACCGUCCAGAAUUCAAACCGUUCCACAGAAUCCCCAAAUUCAUCUCCAUAAACCCUAAUUUUGAUCGCAAAUUUCUUCAAGAAAAUUCGACGCAGAUAGAUCAAGGGAUUACAUGUUUACCCUCAAAAUCCACACUGUCGACUCUCCGCAACCGGUUCACAUCGCCGCAGCUGAUGUUAAGGCGAGCGGUAAUUUGAAGCUCUCCCAGCUGAUGGGUGUUGCGCACCUCUUCCGCCAGCUUCCGUCGGCCGCAGGGCCACCGAUCACCAUCGCCAAUAUCAGCGCUCGCACUACGCUCCUAUUCGUCGUCGCCGUCCCCAAUUAUGUGUCGUCUGAUGAUUUCCUUAGCUUCUGUGGGAGCCACGUCCUUCACUUCGUAGAUGUUCUAUUCCUCCGGAAUGAUGGAAUGGAGGAUAGGUAUAGUGUUUUGAUUAAACUAGAAAGUCAACUGGCAGCUGAUGGAUUCUAUUGUAGUUACAAUGGUAAAAGAUUUAAGCCUUCUGAGGUUGAGGUAUGCCACAUAUAUUUUACUCAAUCAGUUUUGCAGACCGAAUGUAUAGAACUUGCUUCUGCACCUCCAGCAGAAUAUACGGAAUUACCAUCAUGCCCUGUUUGUCUUGAGAGAUUGGAUCCAGACACAAGCGGAAUACAGAGCACAUUAUGUGAUCACUCGUUUCUUUGUUCUUGUGUUUCCAAAUGGACCUACUUGUCUUGCCUGGUUUGUCGGCUUUCUCAGGGGCAAGAUGAAAAGCCAUCCUGUUCUGUUUGUGGAUCUUUCAAGAACCUUUGGAUCUGCUUGAUCUGCGGCUUCCUUGGCUGCGGAAGAUAUGAAAAAGGUCAUGCCAGUGGACAUUGGAGUGACAAGAAGCAUCGUUUUUCACUGGAACUGGAAAAGCAACAAAUAUGGGAUUAUGUUGGAGAUAGAUACGUCCAUCGUUUGAAUCAUUCCAAAGUUGGUCGGAAAUCUAUCAACAUGGAUUCACAGUGCAAUUCAAAUGAGGAAUGUGGAUAUGUGGAAGAGGAAGGAUUGGACAAUGCCCUUUUAAACAGCAAGAUUGAAGGGGUUUUGGAUGAGUAUAAUCGGCUUCUUGCAAAUCAGCUGGAUGCUCAGAGACAGCAUUAUGAAGAGCUGCUUGCUGAGGCGAAAAGUAGAAGAGAGAGCUCUAUAACAAAGGCAGUUGAGAAAGCUAUAUUUUCAAAGACCCACGAGCUAGAAGAUAAAUUGGAAAAAUAUGCAGAACUAAAGAAGGCUGCUGCAGAUAAAAAUCAAGAGCUUACGAAGAGACAGGAAUUCCUGCAGAAGAAGUACAAGGAAAUCGAAGAAAGGGAAAGAUCGCUACUCCAGGCAAAGGAUGCACUAACGGUAGAUUUACAAGAACAGAUUCGGGACCUAAAAGUGUAUGUGGAAGCCCAAAGAAUGGUGAGUAUGGCAGACGGCGAUGGCAUUAGAGGUGGCACCAUUUUGGCAGUGGAGUCAAAUCAGGCACAGGCACAGGCACAGGCACCUUCCGGCAACCCCAAACGACGGCCAAAGACUAACGGUAGACGCCGGAAUUGAGUUGAGUUGAACAAGUUUGUUGGUGUUCUUGUACUUCCAGAUUGAUUGAUUGAUUAUAUGCUCAAUUCAUUUUGAAAUAGAAAAUAAUGCUGAUCUUGACAGACAA